AGGACGACAACACCGGAAUGAGGAAACUGACGAGGGGCAAGCCAUGUGCAAAACAAACUUGUCCAUCGCUGAUAACCAUGCAACCUGAUGAACCACAGGUCACUUCACUCAAGUCUCACAGAGGUGCUCCGCUCCUCUUCUCGCCUCUUCCCUUAGACCGCUCACCUGAAACAGACCGCAGCGCUUCCUCGAGCCCUCCGGACUUUCAUCCAGUCAUGUCCUUUCUGCUCAUCACGGUGCUGUCCUCUCUGGUGGUGCAUGAUGCUGCCGGGGCGUGGGGCGCCAAUGUGAAAUACGCGGUGAACUGCCCGGACAGAUGCAACGCGGAGCGGUGCGGCGGGACGCAGCGGUGCGCACGGACGGUCCUGGAUGACUGCGGCUGUUGCCAGGUCUGUGCAGCCGGCAGAGGGGAGCACUGCUACCGCACGGUGUCGGGGAUGCACGGGGUGAAGUGCGGACCGGGGUUGUUCUGCGAGUUCUACAAGGACGAGGACGAUUACGGAGACGAAUAUGGGAUCUGCAAAGACUGUCACUACGGGACCUAUGGGGUUGAGUGCCGUAAGACGUGCAACUGCAAAGGAGGCAUAUGUGACAGGGAGACUGGAGCUUGUCUCAACCUCACCUUCUUUGCCAAAAUUGCCAGCAAGCUCAAGACUGAGCCUCAAGCAGGGGGCGAGGUGGGCUCGGGAGAAGUCGGCGCUUCCCAGAACACUGCCCAGCACACAAACAGAUCCACUUCUCCGAAGCGGCUCAACCCUCGCUGACAAGUGCUGACAAGACUGAAUCUGUUCAGUGUAAAUGUAGCAUUAACUUAUAAAUUAACUGAAAGAUAUAUUUUAUUAUGUUACGGGGUGAGAAACCUUUUGUUUUGUUUUCUUUCACCCCAUUUGGGGGUUUUUGUUUGGCUUUUCUAAUGAAAUAUGCAGUUACUCUCUCUUCGUUUUCUCUUUGUUCUCGGUCAGUUUUCAGAGUGAAUAAAUUAAAAGAUCAUGUAGCCGUAAGCUUCAGUGUUAAUUUGUGUGCCUUCGUAAAUGAUUCUUGUGGAAGUUGCAUUAAUUGCCAAAGUCUACAGCAAUAGUUUCUAUUGAAGUAUUUUAGUUUUAUUUGUACUGUGGAUAUACGAGGAGCCGACACGGACAGUGUAAUGUAUAGAACACCAGCCAUUGUAAAGAAUGCUCUUGCAAUUAAACCAAAGUUAUCACUGA